CUCAUCUCAAAGAAGCAUUGGAAGAAUAUAUGGCAAUGUUAAAAGUUGUCAAAAUUGUUCGUACUAAACAACGUGAAGGAUUGAUUAGAGCAAGAAUGAUUGGUGCAGAACAUAGUACUGGGAAAGUUCUAGUGUUUCUAGAUUCACAUAUUGAAUGUACCACAG